AUGUCUUCGACAAGCGCAAAUAUACCUGCUUGGCAACAGAAAAUUCGUGCCAAGGUGGCGGCGCUCUCAGCUCCAACUCUCGGCACCAUGUCAAUGAGCUCUCUGAAAGCCACCGAGAGCGCUCAGCUCGCGGCACCAAUGUCCAGGGAGAAUCUUUGGGGGCAAGAGAACGGCACGGACCAACUUCUCAGCAUCCUUGUAGCCUGUGUCGAGAACAUUCGGACUGCUGCUGGGACAUGCAUCAAUUCCAUCCAAGACCUGAAAAAUACAAAGCCCGACCCAGCCGUCUGGAAGGCUACUAUUAAUAUUGCUCACCAGACCGCUAAGAAAAGCUUUGAUAAAUGGUUGGACAGUGCUACAGAUGAUGCUAUUGAAGUAAUCAACCGUCUGCCCGAAGCACAGCAAGAUGGGGCCGCCGACUUUUUCAUCGAUGGCAUGGACAUUAUCGCCAACACUGUUGAUCAGGUAUCAAGUGACCUUGGGGCUAUUGGUACGCGUUACUUGAGUGACUUUCUGAAGGGCGAUUGGUCUGGGCUUACGAAGGUGGACAACAAUUUAAAGGCAGCGUGCGACGGGGCUAUUCACGGCGUGAACUCGAUAAAGCGAUGA